AUGCUGAAAGGAAAAGACUACAUGGAGGAUAUGAUUCAAACCAUUGAGACAUAUGAGCCAAAACCUGAUCAAGGAAAUCAUGAGGAAGAGGAGGUGAACUAUGUCUAUGGGAACCAAGGACAGCGGUUUGGAAAUCAGCAAGGUAGUAGACCUUACAGUGGAAACAGCCAGCGCAAUAACUUUCAGGGCAACUCUUCUGGUUUCACACCCAAACCUGAAUAUCAGAAGCAGCCACAAAACAGUGGAUACACAAGGACUUAUGGCAACAAUUCAUAUCAGUCCCCACCUCCUAAGUCAGCUGAGACUAGUAAGAUGGAAGCUAUGCUUGAGCAGCUUUUGCAAGGUCUGGAACAAUUGACAGUAACUUUUAAUGGGAAGCUGGAUAAUGUCUAUACAGAGCUUAAUGGCAAGUUUGAAGCUUUGAACAUUCAUGUCAAGAAGCUGGAGAAUCAGGUUGCGAAGACUGCUGGGUCUGUGAAAAGGCAAGAAGGUUAUCUCACUUCAAGAAUUGAAUCAAAUCCUAAACAUUCUUGCAAUGCAGUCACAUUGAGAAGUGGCAAACAACUCCAUUCUAUAUCCCAGAAGAAUCAAACUGAUGAUCUACAGGAGCUGAUUGAUAUAGAAGAAGAAGAAGAUGUUUCUGCUGAGCCAGUAUCGACCGAUACACAGGAGCAUCGGUCGAUACCAAAGUCACCCGAAGUCGCGAGCAAAACACAAAACGAUGGUGUCGAUCGACACCAACAAGGUGGCAUCGAUCGACACCCUUCAUGGACUGAACCUAAACUCGUGAAAUCUCCUACUCCAAUUGCAGAAAGAGUCUACAUACCUAAGGUUCCACUCCCCAAGAAUCCAAGGAAGUCUAAACAAGAGCUAGAUGAUGUUAAAUGCAAGGCCAUGAUGGAUAAGCUUAUUAUUGAGUUGCCUUUGGUUGAUGCUGUUAAGAAUUCUCCAAUGCUUAGGAGAUAUGUCAAGAGGAUGGUUACCAAGGAUUUUAAUGCUGAGCAAGGAGUUAUGAUGAUAUCAGCCCAAGUCAGUGCCAUCAUUCAGAACAAGAUCCCAGAAAAACUUCCUGAUCCAGGGAGCUUUGUUCUUGAUUGCACUAUCUUCACUGACAGAUUUGCUAGAUCUUUGUGUUAUCUUGGUUCUAGUGUCAACCUCAUGCCAAGAUCAGUAGCACUCAGCCUGGGAAUGACAGAUUUCCAGCCUACUAAGCUCACUCUCAUCCUUGCUGACCGAUCUGUUCGUAUUCCAGAUGGUGUUCUUGAAGAUGUUCCAAUUAAGAUUGGUGAAUGCUUGAUACGUACUGAUUUUGUGGUAUUAAAGUAUGAAGAGGAACCCAAGGACCCUCUUAUUCUGGGAAGAUCAUUCUUAGCCACUGCUGGAGCUAUAAUUGAUGUCAAGAAGGGUCAAAUUAGUCUCAAUAUUGGUGAUCUACAAAUGCGUUUUGACAUGGACAAGCUAGUUAAGAGGCCAGCCAUUGAUGGACAGACAUUCUAUGUAGACACAUUGUCUAAUCUGGCUGAAGAGAUAUUCCAGGAGCUGCAUCCUGAGGAUCCAUUAGAGAGAGCAUUGGUUGCUUCUGCUGAAGAAGCUGAGCAUCUAGAUGACAUUGCUGCUGGGUAUGUCAAACUGCUUGAUGCUAAUGAACAAGUGAAGAAGCUGGUUGCUAAAGAGGAAUUGGUUAGUACUUCUUCACAAGCUGCAACGGUUUCUGAUUGGAGUCUUGAAAAAGCUCCAAAGCUUGAUCUCAAGCCACUUCCUGCAGGUUUAAGGUAUGCAUUUCUAGGUGAGAACUCUUCUUAUCAUGUUAUUGUUAGUGCUUCCUUGAACAAUGCAGAGCUCACUUUACUGCUAAGCAAGCUGCGCAAGUUUUGCAAAGCUCUUGGCUAUUCUCUUGAUGAUAUUACAGGAAUCUCUCCAGACUUGUGUAUGCAUAGGAUUCAUCUUGAGGAAGGAGCUAAGACAUCCAUUGAGCAUCAGAGGAGACUGAACCCGAAUUUGCAAGAUGUUGUCAAGAAGGAGAUCAUGAAGCUGCUGAAUGCUGGGAUCAUCUAUCUGAUAUCUGACUGCAAUUGGGUUAGUCCGGUACAUGUUGUUCCUAAGAAGAGUGGAGUCACAGUGGUGAACUAUGACAAGAAUGAGCUGAUCCCUACAAGGACAAUUACUGGUCAUCGGAUGUGCAUAGACUAUAGGAAGUUGAUUGCCUCAACAAGGAAAGAUCACUUCCCACUUUCUUUCAUUGACCAGAUGUUGGAGAGGUUAGUUAAUCAUCCAUACUACUGCUUUUUGGAUGGUUACUCAGGCUUUUUCCAGAUUCCUAUUCAUCCUGAUGACCAAGAGAAGACCACUUUCACUUGUCCCUAUGGUACCUUCUCUUACCGCAGAAUGACCUUUGGUCUCUGUAAUGCUCCUGCAACAUUUCAAAGAUGCAUGAUGUCUAUCUUCACUGAUAUGAUUGAAGAUUAUAUGGAGGUUUUCAUGGAUGAUUUUUCAGUUUAUGGAUCCUCAUUCAAAAGCUGUUUGGAUAAUCUCUGUAAGGUGCUAGCAAGGUGUGAAGAGAAACAUAUGGUGCUUAAUUGGGAAAAAUGUCAUUUUAUGGUUAGAGAUGGCAUAGUGCUUGGCCACAGGGUUUCAGAAGCUGGAAUAGAAGUUGACCCCGCUAAGAUAGAGGUGAUGACGGGUCUUCAACUACCAGAGAAUGUGAAGGAAGUGAGGAGCUUUCUUGGGCAUGCAGAGUUCUAUAGGCGUUUUAUCAAGGAUUUCAGCAAGAUAGCAAUACCACUUUCUGCUUUGUUGUGCAAAGAUGUCAAGUUUGAAUUUACUGAUGAAUGCCGCAUAGUCUUUGAGAGGAUCAAGCAGGAGCUUGUGAGUGCACCUAUUGUUCAGCCACCAGAUUGGGAUCUUCCAUUUGAAGUAAUGUGUGAUGCUAGUGACUUUGCAGUAGGAGCAAUGCUGGGACAAAGAAAAGAUAAGAAGCUUCAUGCAAUCUACUAUGCAAGCAGGACACUUGAUGAGGCACAAAGAAAUUAUGCAACAACAGAGAAGGAGUUGUUGGCUGUGGUGUUUGCUUUUGAGAAGUUUAGGUCUUAUCUGGUUGGUUCAAAAGUCAUUGUUCAUACUGAUCAUGCUGCAUUAAGGUACUUGAUGCAGAAGAAGGAUGCUAAGCCUAGACUUUUGAGAUGGAUUCUUCUUCUACAAGAGUUUGACAUUGAAGUAAGGGAUAAGAAGGGGAUAGAGAAUGGUGUUGCUGAUCACUUGUCCAGGAUUAGGAUUGAUGAUGAUGUCCCAAUUCGUGAUUGUCUACCUGAGGAGCAUGUAUACCUUGUUGAAACUGGGUUUCGGACUGAUGACUUGAAGGAUUUGUCUUCGGAUGCAUGUGGUGUUGAUCGACACCAUACUAGCAUCGAUCAACACCCUUUGUUUCCCUAAACAGAUUGGUCGAAUGAUGGAG